AUGGGUCUCCGGGUUCUUCAUGUUUUAAAGCCUUUCAUGGCUGCACUUCCCGAAAUUGAGUCUCCUGUUCGCAAGGUCCCCUUCAAUGAAAAGCUACUUUACACUGUAGUUGCUCUCUUUGGUUAUUUAGUCAUGUCUCAACUUCCUCUCUACGGUAUUAUCUCCAAAGAAUCGUCUGAUCCUCUCUACUUUUUGCGUGAUGUUCUCGCCUCUCAACGUGGUACUUUGAUGGAGUUGGGUGUCCUUCCUAUCCUUACAUCUGGUAUGAUUAUGCAAUUCAUGGCUGCUUCCAAUGUCAUUCAUGUCGAUUACAGCUUGAAGGAGGAUCGCGCCUUGUUCUGUGGUGCUCAAAAAUUGUUUGCCAUUUUGAUCUCCAUUGGUCAAGCUGCUCUUCUCGUUUUUACAGGUCUCUAUGGCAACCCUACUGAGAUCGGUGCUGUUCGUUGUGGUCUUUUAGUCCUCCAAAUUGUCUUUGCCUCCACUGUCACCAUGUUGUUGGACGAGUUAUUGCAAAAGGGUUACGGCCUUGGCUCUGGUAUCAACAUCUUUGUUGCCGCCAAGGUGUGCCAAUCCAUCUUCUGGAAGUCUAUGGCCUUCACCACUGUCAACACCAUCCGUGGUCCCGAAAGAGAAGGUGCUCUUGUCUCCCUUUUUAGCUUGCUCAUGUCUCGCAAGGAUAAGGCUCGUGCUCUCAGAGAUGCUUUCUACCGUGAAGAUGUCACCAAUGUCAUGAGCUUCAUUGCUACUCUUGUUACAUUCGGUAUUGUGAUUUACGUCCAAGGUUUCCGUGUUGAGCUCCCUGUUAAGUCCAACCGUAUGCGUGGUCAACGUGGUUCUUACCCCAUCAAGUUUUUCUACACCUCCAGUAUGCCUGUCAUGCUUCAAUCUGCUUUGUUCGCCAACAUUUUCUUGAUUUCUCAAACUCUCUUCACCUUUUUUGGUGACAAUGUUCUUAUCCGCAUUCUCGGUGCCUGGGAGCCUCUUGCUGAUUCCAAUCAACUUGUUGCUGUUGGUGGUAUUGCUUACUACCUUUCUGCUCCUCACAGUUUGACCGAAGCUCUUUUCAGCCCUGUUCGCACUGCUCUCUAUGUCAGCAUCUCCAUCAUUCUUUGCGCAUACUUGUCUAAGGUUUGGGUUGAUAUCUCUGGCUCUACCUCUCGUGAUGUUGCCAAGACCCUCAAGGAUCAACAACUCGCUAUUGCUGGUUUCCGUGAUGCCUCCAUGUAUAAGGAAUUGCAAAGAGUUGUCCCUGUUGCUGCCAGCUUUGGUGGUGCUUCCUUAGCUAUUAUCGCUGGCGUUGCUGAUAUCUUUGGAGCCAUUGGAUCUGGUGCAGGUAUUUUGAUGAGUGUCAUGAUUAUCUUCCAAUACUUUGAGAUGUUUGUUAGAGAACAAAUGGAAGGUAACUUGACCAUGGAUGCCAUGAUGGCAGGUCAAUAA